AUAUACUCGAUUCUUUAGUCUUGCAAAGAUGUUGAAGCUAAACAGCCGACUGCAAGCGCAAAAGGUUCUGCCUUUGGGCUGGCAAAGAUUACGCCACGCCUCCUCUAGCACAGGUGGGGAUGGCGAGCGCACAGCACUUUAUGAUUUCCAUGUGCGCAAAGGCGGCAAGAUUGUGAACUUUGGUGGUUAUGCGCUGCCCGUGCAGUACUCCGACCAGAGCAUCAUCGCCUCCCACCUGUACACACGGCGAGUGGGCUCCAUAUUCGAUGUGUCGCACAUGCUGCAGACCUAUGUGCGGGGCAAGGAUGCGGCCGCUUGUCUGGAAUCCAUUUGCACAGCUGACAUUCUGGACAUGUCCGCGGGCAGCGGCAGCCUGACAGUCUUUACCAACGAGCAGGGCGGCAUUCUGGACGAUCUGAUCGUGAACAAGGUCAGCGAGAAGGAGCUCUAUGUGGUCUCUAAUGCGGCGAUGAAGCAACAGGACAUGCAGAUCAUGACAGCCGCUGUGUCCAACUUCAAGUCCCAAGGCAAAGAUGUCUCCAUUGAGUUCUUAAGUCCGGCACAUCAAUCCCUUAUCGCAGUGCAGGGCCCGCAGGCAGCCCAGGAGCUGUCCAAGCUGCUGCCACAGCCAAAAGCCAAAGCCCUGGAACAGCUCUACUUCAUGCGCUCGGGCGUCUUUGAGCUGGCGGGGAUUAGCAAUGUGCGCAUCACGCGCUGCGGCUACACGGGCGAGGAUGGUGUCGAGGUCUCUGUGCCCUCUGCUCAGGCGGAAACACUUACCGAGGCUCUGCUCGCUGCUGGCCAACUAAAGCUGGCUGGCCUGGGCGCACGCGACUCACUGCGCCUGGAGGCGGGCUUGUGCCUCUAUGGCAGCGACAUCGAUGCACAGACCACGCCCGUGGAGGCAGCACUCGCCUGGCUGGUGGCCAAGCGGCGACGCACCGCAUCCGACUUUCCUGGCGCUCAGACAAUUCUCCAGCAGCUGAAGGAGGGUGUCCAGCGGCGUCGCGUUGGACUGCAAAUGCUGGGCGCCAAGGCACCACCCGCACGCGCAGGUGUUGCCAUCUUCAGUGGUGGCAAGCAGGUGGGUCAGUUGACCAGCGGCUGCCCCAGCCCCAGCACUGGCCGCAACAUUGCCAUGGGCUACGUGGCAGAGCAGCUUAAGAAGCCCGGCAACCGGGUGGAGCUAAAGGUGCGCGACAAAUUCUACGAGGCGGAAAUAACUCGAAUGCCCUUUGUUAAGGCCAACUACUACAAUAAGCCCAAGCAAUAAAAUAUGUUUCUAAAGUUAAA